UGUUCCUUUGGGAAGGCAACUAGUGCAAGUAUGCUACUCCCUUAGCAGAGCCCGGUCCAACUGUUCUAGGACUCCUAAAUAUGCUUUUGCCAAGUAGCGCCCCUCGAAGAAAAUUGAGAAGAAAAGAAAUCAAAGACGAGACGUUUGGCACUUGGGGAGACUUGGCUGCUUCAUCGUCGUUGACCACAAGUUCUCAUCGCCGGCUUUCUUCUAGCAAUCGUGAUGCCGAUCAUCAAAGGCCGUGUCUCCUCCGCUGCUGGAUUGGCUUCGACAGAGGGAAAGAUGGCUAAUGAUGAAGUUGUUUAUACGUUGGUGGAGGAAUUGACUUUGACAGAGGGAAAGAUGGCUAAUGAUGAAGUUGUUUAUACGUUGGUGGAGGAGGUGGACGAGUUAACUACUAUCCUACGCAAAAUACUGAAUAUCAAGGUAUUGCAAGCCAAGUUAUUUAUUGAAAAAGUUGGUGAGGUCAUCAGAGUAUUGGAAAUGGAAGGACCCCCAACUUUGCCCGACCAAUUACUAGAAGAUAUUGCACCUCUUGCACUGCCUAUAGGAGAUUUUGUUCGGAGAACUAAGCCACAAAUUACUUCACCGUCAUAUGAUGAGUAUAGGAUGAAUAUUCGUGACGGCUGGGAACGAAUGCUAUCAAGAGAAGUGCCAGAAUUAGUAGAACAGAUUGGCUUAAAUGAGAAUAAGCUGGAGAAAUUUCUUGAUGAAUCUGACUUCUACAACUCCUGGGAAGAUUUACGCCACAAUUUAGCCUUGCUACCUUGUCGUGACGCGGUGAUGGAUCUGCUUCAGUCUUGUCGAGAACUCAAAGACGCCAUGAACUUUUUCCGUGAAGUGGCUACUGAAUCAGCUUUUCUCUGCCAACAUCUAAAGGUCUUGCGGAGCUUUGCUGAGCUGUGCGAGCGUUCCAAUGAAUGGCGUUGUCGCCAAUUUGUGAGAGGCAUCAUGGAUGUUGCUGACAAAGCUCUUGUGGCGCUGGAAUGUGCAGAUAGAGAUAUUCUUAGGUCAGAGAUGUGGGAAUUUGUAUCAAAUGUAUAUGCUUCAGCUGCGCUUCUAACGGAAAAUUGUAUUGAGGAGACGGCCAAGAAAUUUUUUUAUGGACAAAAUGGCAAGCGAUUGGUUUUGUUGGAGACUUUAGAAAUGCUUCAUUCCUUCACGGAAGAGAUUGAUACUGCUUGUGGGAAACUUGGCAGCGAAGAUCGUCAAUCGCAUAACGCUUCAUUUGGAAGAAAUGGUUUUCCUUCACUGUCUAUGAUUCGCGACAAAUUUGCUAGGGGAGAUCUUCCUUCACUGCCUAUCACGUAUUAUCUACGUGCUUUUCCUUUAAUUGAAGCAAGAAAAAGAGGAAGAGUUAGUGUUAGGUCUGGUAUCAGACGACCUAACAAACAGGUUCAUUAUCUGCGUGCUUUUGGAGGAAAAAGAAGAAGAGUGUCUAAUAUCAUACUAGAGUUGCAAAUGAAUAGAGUUGAAUCGAGUUUUGACCUAAUCGCGUCGAACCUCGGCCUAGUUUUAUUAAACUUAAACUCGAAUUCGAGCUCGACGAGCUGUCAAUAUAAAUAUCAAAUUCAAGGUCAAACUCUAGCUCACAAGCUUGAGCUUGAGCACGAGCUCAUGCUCGAGCUCGACAGCGAGCGCGCGCUCGCGCGAGCGCAAGAGCAAGUACAAGCACGAGCUCGCGCUUGAGUCGAGUUUUGACUCCAGCUGCUCAUGAGUAGCUUAAUUUUUUUGCCGCCUUAAACAAGAUCUAACAAACAGGUUAAUUAUCUGCGUGUUUUUCGAGGAAAAAGAAGAAGCGUUGUUAGUGUUAGGUCUAGUACCAGACUGGUUAAGCGUCAAGUUCCGACAAUGAUGACAAACUAUGUUAAUAGAACCAGAAUGCAUGUGGUAUUGCUGCCACAAAUGGAGAAAUAGCUCUAGAAUGUAUGCGCUGCUGCUACCAAGAAUGGAGAAAUAGCUUGUGAAGAGUUUUGUGAAGAAGGUAGAGCAAGAUUACUAUAGUCACGGUAUGGGUCCGUUGAUCACCAAACCACUAAGAGAGCUUUUAAUGAGUUAUUUAGACCUUUGGCUCAUCGAAUAAAUAUUUUUAGUUCUCUUGUGUUUUAGUAAUUAAAUGCUUUUGGGUCUAGAAACACUUUUUAUAGCUUUUAUACUCUGUUUCAUGGUGAAACUCUACUCUUUUGUCUCUGCUCUACUUUGUGGUAAAAUUCUACUCCUCUUUCGUCAUAAAUCAUGUAAUCUGGUGUCUGUUCUCGUUGAUCAUAGUUUUCUAGAGAAUUGCUCAGAACAUGAUCAGCACAGCUUUGUACUGUCCAAGAGAUUAAUCUUCCCCGAUUUUCAAUUGUU